UGGUUUCUGGCGAAAUACUAAAUUUUGCAGCAUACUCAUUUGCACCCGCCAUACUAGUGACGCCGCUUGGUGCGUUAAGCGUCCUGAUUGGAGCCAUACUCGCCUCGAUAUUUCUGAAUGAGAGGUUGGGCAGGAUAGGAACUGUUGGAUGUGGAUUAUGCUUGAUUGGUUCAGUGAUCAUAAUACUCCACGCACCGAAAGACAGGCAGAUACGCACUGUUGAUGAAAUAUUAGUGUAUGCAUUGCAACCUGGCUUUCUGAUUUACUGCGUAAUUGUGGUAGUAUUUACUAUUUUCAUGAUUACGACUGUUGUACCUAAAUACGGCAAGAAGAAUCCAUUAGUUUAUCUAUCUAUUUGCUCGCUAGUUGGUUCAAUCACAGUCAUGGCGUGCAAGGCGUUUGGUAUUGCUCUCAAGCUGACAUUUGCUGGAAAUAACCAAUUGACACAUCCCUCUACGUACGUCUUUAUUAUAAUUGCUACUUUGUGUAUCAUAACCCAAAUGAAUUACUUUAACAAAGCUCUUGACCAAUACUCAACUAAUUUAGUAAAUCCAAUAUACUACGUCUUGUUCACGACAUCAACAAUCGGAGCAUCGGCCAUCCUUUUCCAAGGGUUCAACACGAGCCGAGCCGUUCAUGUGAUUACUCUUUUCUGCGGGUUUCUCACAAUAUUCUCUGGAGUCUAUCUUCUCAACACAGCACGAUCAAAUUGCUCCACAUACGAGGACAGGUUACCGAUGAGCCAUAAUGGUAAUGGACUGCUACCAUUGUCGAGUGAUGGCAAUACCACCCUCGCAAUGCGAAGAGAAGCAACACUAUUGCACGCGUUCGGUGAAGAGAACAUUGGUCUGACGGAACUGAACGAUAGUUUAUCGGACUCUGACGAGGAUUAA